UUGAUUCCAUUUUUAUGCAACAAACUCCAUACAAGUGAAGACAGAGCACUUUUACUGUCAGAUCUCCAUCUUUUAUUUGUUCUUUCAUCACCUCCUGCUGCUGUUGUCCAAUACAGAAUCAUGGCUCCACUUAUUUUAUCCGCGUGUUCUAAAUUACUUGCGAACACACAGUCAAGAAAGGUGAGAAUGGCCAUUCUGAGAGUUAUUGGCUCAUUAGGAGUAUUAGAUGUUCAUCAGAGAUCUCCUCCAAUGGGAUCGCAAGCACCAACUAAUUUAGAUGACAGAUUGACAAGGUCAUUCUUCACUCCGUCGAGAGAUUUAGAUAAUCCCAUUGAUGACACAUUAUUACUCAAACCAGAAACAUGCGAACAAUGCUACGUAAAUGUUGUUGCAACAGCUCUGUUGAAGAUAUUAAAUAACGAUGAAUUAUCAGAACUAUAUGGAGAUACAGUAACAAGUUUAUGCGAUGUGUUGAAGAAUCCAAGGAUGUUCAUGCUGACUUAUUUCGAUCAGUUCUUCAACAGGUUCUUUUGUCAUUUUAGAUACAGCAAGUGA